AUGUGCUGCUGCUGCGGUGCUGCCCGCAACUUCUCCCUGCCUCUUCCCUUCCCUUUCCUCCCUGCUCUAUGCCCUCAGAAACGCAGCGUGUCUCAUUGCCUAGGCGAUGUCUCAAACCGUUGUCUUGGUGGAGGUGGACCCCUCUCAUCCGAUCUCCUUGGAGUACCUUGUGAGUUCUCAGCAGGCACAACAUUCCAGCCAUCCCAAGAAUCUGAUACACAAGUCAUUUCGGAAUAUGUACGCUAUUUCCUCCACCAACACACAAUCCAGCUUGGACAACCAGCUACGGUUAAAGUUGCAGCCAACUUGAUUAGGUUGCUAGCUUAUCAGAACAAGAACAUAUUGCAAGCUGGCAUGAUUGUUGGAGGAUGGGAUAAGUAUGAGGGAGGCCAAAUUUUCUCGGUCCCUCUUGGUGGAACGAUCUUGAAGCAACCAUUUGCAAUUGGAGGUUCCGGUUCCAGUUACCUAUAUGCCCUUCUUGAUCAUGAAUGGAAAGAGGGAAUGAGCCAGGAAGAGGCAGAGAAAUUUGUGGUGAAGGUAGUUUCCCUUGCUAUGGCCCGUGAUGGUGCUAGUGGAGGGGUUGUCCGUACAGUUACUAUAAAUGCCUAUGACAUGAAGAGGAACUUUUAUCCUGGCGACAAGCUACCCCUGUGGCACGACGAGCUGGAGCCCCAUAACUCUUUGCUUGAUAUUCUUGCUGCUGGGAACCCUGAUCCCAUGGUGCAGUGA